GCCCGGGGUGAAAAGGGGGCUCGCUGGGGAAGAGGAAGCUGGGCCACGAAGGGCAAUGUGCAAGGAGCCCAGCACGAGGGGCACAGAGUAUACGACCAGUGAGGUUGACCAUUGGGCCGCUGACAGAGGGAAUACAGCCUGCAGAAUGGGUGGGGCUCUCUGGGUAAGGAGUUUACCGGUGGAUUUGCUGGAAAGAGAUGCGGUCGCUGCAGUGUCAAAGCAAAGGAGCAUCACAGGCUGGAGACAGGGAGUCCAAAUAAAAUAUCCUCAGAAUGAUCGUUCCGCGGGACGUUUCCAAAGCACCUGAGGUUCGGUUCUUGUCUGGGAUGUCAAGAGUUUCACAAAAUCUUGAUCAAUACCUGGGAAAUAUCUUUGAUGAAGGUGAAGGGAAAGAGGCUUCCAUUCACUCAAUAUGGCAGAAAUAUCAGGCUGGACCUAGUGCCUUUUCUGUUUAUGCCCUCCGUCUGGGGCCUGGGGAAGACAUUGUCACCUCUUUGUUACAAUUUGUAGAAGAUAAGAAGCUAAAAGCUCCAUUUGUCAUGACUUGUGUGGGAAGCAUCACCAAAGCAACGCUGAGACUGGCCAACGCCACUGCUUCGAAUACUAAUCAGAUUAUUCAUCUAAAUGAGAGGUUUGAAAUCGUCUCCUUGGUGGGAACCCUGAACAAAGCACCUCAUCUCCACAUCUGCCUGUCUGAUAAGGAUGGGAAGACUGUCGGAGGGCACGUUAUAAGUGACUUGGAAGUCUUCACUACAGCUGAGAUAGUGAUCGGCGAAUGCACGGGCCUGCAGUUCACCCGGGAGAUGGAUGAUCGCACAGGUUUCCCAGAACUUGUCAUUAGUUCUCGCUCUGAAAAGUAUGCAUCGUGGACCAUGUCACCCGAAUUGUAAAUGCUCCAAAGAGAAAAUAACUUGCUUUGGGACUGGGGUGUCAUCAUCGAAAGUGUGCAGUUGUGUUUUGGUGUCAACAAUAAAGAUGUUCUUUUCUCGGCA